AUGGCAAAUCUCACAUACCUGAAAGGUGUUAGAACACGGUACAGAAAUGUUCUAGACUCUUCAAUUGAGGAAGGACGCAAUCUACUAAAAGGAGAAAUAGAAGAGUGUGUUGAAAAAAUUAAAUCAUACAACGACAAAGUAGAAAGUCAGAGUGAAAAGUUAGCCGUUGCAUUGGGAGAAACUGAUAAUGAGCAAACAGAAAGUAUAGUGAAUGAUGAUUGUGAGCUAUGUUCAGAUGCCAUUGAAGUAUAUUUGGAUCUGAAAGAGUACAAAGGGAAGUUAGAGUCAGCAAGACAGAAACAAAAUAUCAAACCAGUUGCUGUACCAAAUGAACAGUGUGAUGCUCUUAUUGAGUUGCAACAAAACAUGCAAAGGCUCAUGGCAGCACAGAUAAAGCAGCAGCAAGAUUUCAUGAACAGACAGGAUAAGAAGAAACAUCCAAAUACAGUGAAACUACCCAAAUUGGAAAUGAUAUCAUUUGGGGGCGACAAGACAAGGUGGGUGGAAUUUUGGGAUAGUUUUCAGAGCUCAGUCCAUGACAAUAGUAGUAUCUCAAAUGUGGAUAAAUUCAACUACCUUAAGUCUAAGUUAUUUGGUGAAGCAAGAAGAGCGGUAAUGGGUAUUGCUCUUUCCAAUGAAAACUAUACUGUGGCUCUAGAAGUCCUGAAGGAUAGGUUUGGAAAUACUCAAGAAAUCAUAGACCUUCACUAUAACAGGUUGAUAAAUCUAGUUCCAGCAACAAAGUAG